AUGACAAUCCUCCAGCACACGGCAAGUACAGCAGCAGCGUGGUGCACGCCAUUUACGCUGCCAUUCUACGAUAUUCUGAUCCUUCGUAUCUCUGUUCCUUUCAUCUGGCGUUGCUCUGCACAAAACAAUCUUCGUCCCUUAUUCUCUAACAACUUCUCAAAGAGACAUGUCGACAUUGGUGUUGGAACUGGGUACUUCCCAAGAAGAGCAAUCAAGGAUGUUGGUCGCGAUCCAAAGGAUCAGCAUCUGACGUUGGUCGACUUGAGUGAACAUUCUCUUGCAACAGCGAGACAGCGUGUUCUAUCAAAGUAUCCCGAAGUACACGUUGACUGUGUUCACGCUGACGCUGCACAACCGCUUCCCGAGUCUCUCCAAGGCCAGAAAUUCACAUCCGCUUCUCUUUUUCUCGUCAUGCAUCACAUGCCGCAGCCAACAGCUAGCAAAGCAAAUGCCAUCACCAAUGCCAAAAGUCUUCUUACGCAAGACGGUGUUUUGGUUGGGUGCACGGUAUUGGGAAAGCAAUGGGAAAAAACUGAUAACGGAUACAAGGUGAAGAGUGAGAAACCACUCGGAAGAGCAGCUGCUUUCAUGCUUGGGUUUUACAAUAAGAGAGGUAUUUUUGACAAUUGGCAGGAUGAUCCGAAUGUUUUGGUGGAGGCUCUGAAGGCUGGGUUUGAGGAGGUUGAGACGAGUGUUGUGGCCAUGAUGUUUGUGUUUAGGGCCUCGAAGCCGCGUCGCGGGGAUCAAAAUGCUAGUAGAGGCCAGUGA